AUGCGCAUCGCAGUAAUCCAGUUUACGCCCAAGAUCGGACAAGUACAGGACAAUAUCCGCAGGGCUCAGUCGCUAUGCGAACAACUUAGACCAAAUACGGUCGACCUCGUCUGUCUGCCAGAGAUGAUAUUCACAGGAUACGUCUUCCCUGACGCAGACGCCAUUUCCCCCUACUUGGAGGAGCCGCGCACGGGGCCCACAUCGCGCUUCUGCGCGGAACUCGCCGCCCGGCUGCAUUGUCAUGUCGUCGCGGGAUACCCGGAGCGACUGCCCCCUCAUGAAGUCGAGCAUGCGGAGCUCUCGGACGGACGGGCGAUCAAGCGCGUCGGCGCGAAUGCAGCCGCGCUCUACGGUCCGGACGGAAAAUUCGUUGGCGAAUACCGCAAGACGAACCUGUACGAUACGGACAUGACAUGGGCGAAACCAGGCACCGGCUUCGUGACGUACCACCUCCCGCCGCCGCUCACGACGCUCUCGCUGGGGAUCUGCAUGGACCUCAACGUGCAGCCGCCCGCCGAGUGGGCCGGGCUCGACACGGGCCCGUACGAGAUCGCGGAGUACUGCGUCGCGCAGCGCACGCGCGUGCUUGUGCUGCUGAAUGCGUGGCUUGACUCGAAGGAGGCGCCGGAGGAGGAGAAGGACUGGCGGACGAUCAACUACUGGGCGUUGCGCUUGAGACCGCUGUGGGGGAAGGACUCCGACGACUCGAAUAGCACAGGGGAGGAGCCAGGCAGACAGCCUAGCGAAGAACUCCUGGUGGUCAUCUGCAAUCGGACUGGGACUGAGAACGGGGUCACGUUCGCAGGCUCGUCCUCCCUGUUCAGUAUGUCGCGCAAUAGCGGGCGGCCGCGGCUUGUUCGUGCCCUGGGACGGCAGCAGGAAGCAGCAGUAGUCUGGACAUAUCCGAAGACGCCAGGUUCGGCGGGCGGGUGA